UUCAUUUUGUCAGUUCAUAAACCCCAAUUCUACGUUUUCGCUCAACAAAUUUUCAGCCCUGAAGAGAUUCGAAAGAUGGCUAGAUGGGAUGAGAUUCUAUCCCUGCCUGUGCAGAGCCCUCCAACUUUGGAGUUCGCUUCGAGUGAUCUUGUGUGGUCCAAGAUCGAAGGUUGGCGUGAUAAUAUAGAUAGACUUGCUCUGAUUCCAUUUGCCAGGGUCGAUGAUUUCGUUAGGGGGGAAUCGAACAAUAAAGAGUGUCCAACAAGAUUCCAUGUCGAGGCAAGGAGGAGGCGAACUGCAAAGACGUCUUACAAACCUAAAGUCGAUGGAAUUCUUGAAUAUAUCUUGUACUGGUGCUCGUUCGGCCCGGAUGAUCAUAGAAAAGGUGGUAUUGUACGUCCUAGUAGGUCUACUUAUGUGCCAAAAAAUAAACCCUCUGGUCGACCAAAUACGAAGAGGGGUUGCACUUGUCACUUUAUUGUUAAGCGUUUAAUUGCGGAACCAUCAGUGGCGCUCGUUAUAUAUAAUCAAGAUAAGCAUGUGGAUAAAAAGGGUUCUCCAUGCCACGGCCCACAGGACAAGAAGGCUGUGGGAACUCGAGCUAUGUAUGCUCCGUAUAUCUCAGAAGAACUCCGCCUACGUGUAUUGUCUCUCCUUCAUGUUGGGGUCUCUGUAGAAACUAUCAUGCAGAGACACAACGAAUCUGUGGAGAAACAAGGUGGUCCGUGUAAUAGGGACGACCUUUUGACCCACAGAUAUGUUCGUAGACAAGAGCGGAGUAUUCGGAGAUCUACUUAUGAGCUUGAUGAAGAUGAUGUAGUCAGCAUUAGCUUGUGGGUUGAGAGCCAUCAAAAUAAUGUUUUCUUUUACGAAGAUGUAUCCGAUUCCGACCCUUUAGUCCUGGGAAUUCAGACAGAAUGGCAGUUGCAGCAAAUGAUUCAAUUCGGCAAUUGUCGACUAGUUGCGUAUCAUUCCGAAUUUGGUUCUAAUAAGUUGAAGUAUCCUGUUCAGACCCUUGUUGUGUUCAACUCGGAAAAUAAAGCUAUCCCAGUAGCUUGGAUAAUCACUCCUAGAUUUGCAAGCAGAGGUAUUCACAGAUGGAUGCGGGCCCUGUACAAUAGAGUUCGUGCAAAAGAUCCUACGUGGAAGUUAGCUGGAUUUGUAGUGGAUGAGCCUUCAGCAGAUAUUCUAGCAAUCAGGGAAGUCUUUCACUGCUCAAUACUGAUAUGCUUUUGGCGUGUUCGUCAUGCAUGGCAUAAGAAUUUGAUGAAGAGAUGCUCAGAGAUGGAAACACGUGCCGAAAUUGCAAAAAAGCUUGGCCAGGCGGUUAAUAAAGUCUGCAAGGGACCAGGCUCCGCUAGUGCAUUAGAAGAUUUUACGGAAGAUGCUGCAGAAUUUAUGGACUACUUCAAGGCAAUUUGGUAUCCAAAACUAGGUACGUGGGCACGUGCACUCGAAACUCUUCCUCUUGCCAGCCAAGAGACCUGUGCAGCAAUGGAGUUUUACCACAAACAGUUGAAGCUCAGGUUAUUGAAUGAAAAAGACCAAAGUGUGUACGAACGUGCUGAUUGGCUCGUAAAUAAGCUAGGCAACAAAGUGCAUUCAUAUUUUUGGCUCGACGAAUACUCGGGGAAAGCGGAUUUUGCACGAUACUCGAAGGGCGAAUGGUUGAGUGGCCCAACAGCUUGGAGGAAAUCGUUAAGGAUCCCAGAUUCUCAUGUAAAUAUCGAGGGUCAAUGUGCGAAAGUUAUUGGGCUUAAGGAUCAGGAUAAAGCACAUUUGGUAUUGAACCCUGGUUCAGAAUAUGCAAUAUGCGACUGCGGUUGGUCGAAAAUGGGGAACUUGUGCGAGCAUGUUUUCAAAGCUAUCAAAUUUUGUCGUGAUAAGGGUUCUGUUACACCGUCUAUGAGUAUGUUCCAGUACAGUAAGGCCUUGAUUAAGAUACUGAACUGCUCUCCCUUUGAUUCUUUAGUUCGUGACCAUGCUGCUUCGUUAGCCGUUUGGGUACAGAUGCAGCUGAACGGUCAGAUCGGUCCAGAAAAAGAUCAAGAAACUGUGAACCUCAGUCCUGAUAAUGCUACGUCAUCACAAGUUGAAAAUCAGACGACCGAUGAAAAUCUCUGCCGUAAUGCAGCCCAGGUUGUAAUACCCGAUGCUGACAUGGAAGUUGAUUCAUCCAUGGAUGAUACCUUGGAUACAGCGAAGAAUCUUCGUUCUAGUGACGAUGAAUCAAAAAAUUCAGAUGCCGUUGAACAAAAUGCAUAGCUUUCUAUAAAUGGCACAAACAAUUCAAUUUGCAGUGCAAUUGGGAAGUGAAAAGGUUCUUGAAAGACGGGCUACUGGACCGAGUUGUAUGCCAAGGAAUGCAAGAAUCAGUUAUUAUUGCAACAUGAAUUCCGGUGAACUCUGAUCCUGGGAUGUUGCCAGUUGUUGUCUUCAACUGAUGUAUGUAUUAAAAUGCUGCUGGCACCAAAAUAUUGCAGAUGAUUGUGAUCAUGGCAACAUUGGAGAGCAAUACCGAUGAAGAUUGCUGGAUUUUGGCCAAUCUCCCAACAAUUGGGUGAAGUUGACCAUGGUGUUAAGAGCCCGUGUGUGCCAUUUAUAUGCAAUUUUUCAUUUGCUGAGAUUGCAUUCCGUAAGUUCUCACUCCUUUCUAAAACUCGGCGUGUUGCUCGAAAAGUCAAGCUGCCGAAAGUAGAAGAUAAUUUUUUUUUUCCUAUCGUUUCAUCGACAUGCUUGGUUUGGUAUCCAAUGUUUAUAUAUGUAUAUAUAAAUCGUUAGAAUUUUUGGACUUAUAUAGUUUUCCAUGCUCAAUAUUGUACCAAAAUUGCUCUUAAUCUGUUUAUUGAUAUACAUUUUUCGAUGCAAAAAAACCUUUUCGGUUUA